UGCAGACAGGGCUCACACCACAGCACACACACACAUACAUACAUACAUACAUACACACAUACAUACACACACACAGCAUCCAUCCGCACAGACAGGCGGACAUAUGCUGUAUGGUCCUCCCUGUGUGAAGUGGACAUGGAGUUCAUAUAGACGCACGGCUUUACCACAUGGACUGAGCGCAGCGACUGCCGCCGCUUUGGAUUUCUAAACCUCACACCAAGACACUCCAGAGGGAAAAUGUGGAGAUACACCAACUUAUUCGCCUGUCUGCUGGUUUUGUGUAAGGAUGCGUCUGCACAGAGCAAGAUCUUUGGGGAGACAGAGCCCAUCCGGAUGACGUCCGAGGGCUCAGACUGCCGCUGUAAGUGCAUCAUGCGUCCUCUAAGCAAGGAUGCCUGCCUGAGGCUGCGGAGCGGCAGCGUACGCGUGGAGGACUUCUACACGGUGGAGACGGUCAGCUCUGGGUCCGACUGUAAGUGCUCGUGCACGGCCCCACCGUCCUCUCUCAACCCCUGUGAGAAUGAGUGGAAGAUGGAGAAGCUGAAGAAGCAGGCCCCUGAGUUACUCAAGCUCCAAUCUAUGGUGGAUCUCCUCGAGGGAACCCUUUACAGCAUGGAUCUAAUGAAAGUCCACUCCUACAUCAACAAUGUGAUGUCGCAGAUGAACACGCUGGAAGAGACAAUCAAGACAAACCUUACGCGGGAGAAUGAAUUUGUCCGGGACAGCAUGGCGACCCUCACCAACCAGUUUAAGAGAUAUGAGAACUAUUCCAACAUUAUGAUGAGCAUCAAGAAAGAGAUCUCCAGCCUCAGCCUGCAGCUGCUACAGAAAGACAAAGCACAGGACACUACUGAUGAGAAAGCCAAGGUGUCCGUAAAAACACCUGUCAAAAAGACGCCUGCAGCCAAACCUCCUCAAAAACCACCCAAAGAAAAGGUUGUAAAGCCCAAGAAAGAGGUCAUUAAACCUGGGAAGCCAGUCAAGCCAGACCCUACAGCCAAAGCCAAGGUGAUUGGCCACCAGCCUGGUGUGGUGAGGGGCAUAACAUACUACAAGGCUGCCAAGACCAGCGAUGAGCACAGAGAAGACCACUCUGCCAAAACGUACACAGUCCAUCACAUCACAGAAAGCCAGUCUGAGGACGGAGGAGCCGAAAUGGUCCUGGAAACCAUGGAGUCCACCGCGGCUGAACCCGUCGCCACCACCGCAGUUCCCACCACUACGACUACUACCGCCACCACAACUGUUAGCACCACAACUACCACUACUACACCCACUACUAUCACCACACAAAGUACACCAGCACCCGAAAGGCCGGCUCCGACCAUAGUGCUGGUGCUGGACAACUCCAACAACAACAGUCGGCCCACUCUCCACAGAGCUGGGAAGAUCCUCAGCUGUGAAGGGACUCUAGCAUCCAUCGAGCAGCCAGAGAAGCAGCACAGUUAUGGGCGCAACGAGGGAGCGUGGAUGAAGGAUCCCCUUGCUAAAGACUCCAAGAUCUACGUCACUAACUAUUACUACGGUAACAACCUGGUGGAGUUCCGCAACCUGGACAACUUCAAACAAGGCCGUUGGAGCAACCUUUUCAAACUGCCUUACAACUGGAUAGGAACAGGUCAUGUCGUUUAUAAUGGAGCCUUCUACUACAACAGAGCCUUCACCAAGAACAUCAUCAAGUAUGAUCUAAGGAUGCGAUACGUGGCCGCCUGGACACUGCUGCAUGACGUGGUUUAUGAGGACACCACCCCCUGGAAAUGGAGGGGUCACUCAGACAUUGACUUUGCAGUGGAUGAGAGCGGCCUGUGGGUGAUCUACCCUUCCAUGGACUAUGACUACAACCAGCAAGAGAUGAUUGUCAUCAGUAAGCUGGAUCCGGGAGACCUGUCCUUGAAAAAGGAAACAACUUGGAGGACAGGUCUCAAGCGGAACUCUUAUGGGAACUGCUUCAUCAUCUGUGGUGUCUUAUAUGCUGUCAAUGUGUACAACCAGAAAGAAGGUGAGGUGAACUAUGCUUACGACACCCACACCAACAGUGAAGCCAUCCCACGCCUGCCCUUCACCAAUGAGUACUCCUUCACCACCCAGAUUGACUACAACCCCAAGGAGAAGGUUUUGUAUGCCUGGGACAAUGGCCAUCAGCUGAUAUAUCGGGUAACCUUUGUCGACCAGUGAGCGCAGCUAGUUUGUGCUACAGAUAAGCUCACAGUAGGCCUGCCAGUACGGCACCUAUAUAGAAAGAAGAUGCUCAGUAUUUGACAGCUUAGAUGCAGGCAUUUUGGACUAAACAGGACAAAGGAUGAAUCUACACCAGCCUUCCAGUACCAAUGCAUGCUAUUCAAACAUCUGACCUCACAUCACCCCUUUCCACCAACGCAAAACUAGAUGCUAGUUCUGGGUUGGUGCUAGUGCCGGUUCGGAGUUGGUUUGUAUACAUCUCUGCUGCUCCAGCACAACAUUAGUGCCAAGCACAACAACCACAAUGGCAGACUACACUGUCUGUUUACAAGUGUUGCUUCUGGGUUUGUGAGCCUUCACUGGUAUCUAAACAUUAGGAUGUUGAAUUUGAACAUUCCCAAGUCUUUGAAAACUGGUUUCACAAAGUUUUAGUUGGUCCUGUUAGUCCCACCCUCAGCCCCUGCCAUAAGUGGUUCCUGGUUCUAGACCAGCAGCAAAGUGUUGCUCACACUCGAAACUCUUGGCGAGAGCCAGUUCUGUGGUCAUAGAAAUGCAAAGUACUGGUUUGAGAUUAGGCACUGACUCCAAACCGGCUCUCAAACUGCCUUGGUGGAAAAGGGGUAACAGUGUACCAAACAUACUUGCCUCAAAAUAUGUAUUGGGAUGUGUUAGUACAAGAUGUCAAUAGAAUGGGACAGCAAAGAGUGGAAAUAAUCAAACAGGUUGAGUUAAAGCUCAUCAGGUGGCAUCAUAGAGAUUUCUUUAUAUUUUCAUUUAUAAAAUGUCAGCAGGCUGGCUAAUGAGCAAAGAGACAGUUUGCAGUAAAUGGUGAGUUUAAAAUAGACAUAGCAUUUGUAACAACAUCUGUUGGUUUCUGAAGGGACACUUCUGAGGUCUGCAUUUUGGAUUUAUCACUCGAUGUCAUAGUACAUGUUGGUAGUUACUACGCUGAACUGAAAAUCCAAAUUUAGGCAGAGGCUUGUGCAGUGGCUCAGUGAGGUAGGGUUAUGUUAAUCCAGCAGAAACACGCAAAUGUUAAUAUAAUUUCAAUGGAUUGCUUCAGAUAUAUUUAUCUCAUUAUACUACAUAAAUGGCUAAUACUAAUGGUUAAUACUGACCAUGAGGUGAUCCCCUCCUAAUGCAACUACAGUGUAAAAGAUGGCAGGAAAUUCCACUUGUUUUAUGUAAGUCCUGCUAGCUUCGGCUGAACUUUAGAAUGCAUUCUUGCACAGAAGAAUGUCUGCAGAUGUUGCACCCAGUUUCUUCACAACCACUAUAAACAGGAGGAAUGAUUACAGCGACAAACAACUCUUUAAUACUAAGAAGCUACUUAAUAUUUUUUCUUAAGAUUUCUGCCAAGAUUUUGCCGCAGAUGUUAUCCUGUGGAAAGAGAAAAGAGGGGACUUCUGUCAGAGACACCUACAGUAUGUCAAGAAAUUAUCCAUUUGUGACAAAUGUGCUUGAUUUGGCAGAAAAGGCUCUGCUCUUCGAGGGAGCUCUUAAAGAAACCGAAAAGUAACGAGGACUCUAAUGGCAGAACUAAUUCUUCUCAGAAUGAAGACAUGCAUGAAUGUUAAAUACUAGUAACGUCAGUGAUAGCAAAGCAUCUUUGACAGUGCUGACCUUUCAGGACAAGAAAGUCCAAAAUAGAAGAAGAUGAAAACUCAUUAGCUGUGUUUCACCAUAGUAUUCAAUCCUCCUUCGCAGGAAAAGGAAAACUGCCUCACAGAACAGACAGUUCUCAGACAAGAGUCCCUUUAGUGAUGAUUGUGACUUUCAAGCCAUAAAAUGUCCUUGUCCAUUGCUAGAUUUAGCAAUGUUACGUUAGGUUACUUAAUCUUAGAGCUCUCUUCUUUUAACUUUGGGCUUCAAACAGCUUUUACACGAGUGUUAUUUGGCUCCGCCCCCUGACAUUUAACUCAACCACGGAGAUUAUUUCUGCCUCGAGAGAUGUUCUGCUUCCGAGAAAUGUUUGUAAAAGUAAACUAUUAGCUAUGUUUCACUUGCCCAUCUACUCCAUCCUGUCACCAAGCACUUUGACUAUGAAUCUGAUUUGUUUAUUAUUCCGGCCUCAUGAUGCUUCCUGUCUCUUUACCAUAGAUAUUGUUUUGAGGGAUGUGUUGAACAUAGUAUGAACUCCAAAAAAAAACAAAAAAACAAAACUGUACACAAGUUCUUAAGCGUAAG